AUGCAACGCUUCAAGUUCCUCAACCGUAAAAAUGAUCAGCGAGUGCAAAAGUGCUUCUACAAGUGCAGCGCAAACCACCGAAUCACGAAAAUCGUGAGGGAGGUGUAUCUGCGCAAUGAUAUAAGUUGUGGAGUAGAGAGAUGUAACAUAUGCGAAAAUAAGAAUAAGAAGAAGUACCUGGAUCCAGAGAGAAAUAUUCUUAUCUUAGAUAUAAACACUAUUGUAAAAUAUAUAGACUUCCUGUACGAGUGCAGUGUCGAUAACAUAUUAAUCCCUCUGACAAUAUAUGAUCAUGUUAGAACCUUUAAUAAAAUUUUGCAUAAAAAGCUACACGAGCUUUGUUACGAAACGGAUGAUAGUAAUCCCAGCAGUAGCAAACGGUACAGCGUCUUUGCGAACAAGUUCUGUAAGUUUACCUACGUGGAUGACAAUGCAGAUUUAUCCACAAAGCAAGUCCAGGAAAUCAUAAAAAUAGUAAUAUGGAUUAAGCAACACAAUGCCAAUCUAAAAUUAAUCGUUGUAAGUAAUAAUAAAUUUUUAAAAGAUGACUGCCUGAAAAAUGGCAUUUCUUGUUUUACCCUAUACGAAUAUGUGAAGGGGUUAAGAAGAGAAAGCAAAAAGAAAGAUGGUGCUCUUGGCACCAUCAACUUGGACACUUUAAAAAUGUAUUUCGAAGAAGACAUGCUAAUGGAUGAACAGCAUAGCAAGGAGGGAGGUGUGGGAAAUUGUCAAGAAGAUUCAAAUGAAGACACGUAUCCCAUGGCAGAGACGAAACGAGUAUUCGAACCCCAUUUGGAGAAAAAGGAAAUGAUUCAGAAACUUAGGGAUAAGGUCAUUCUGAAGGGCAUUUUUCAAGUCAUCUGCGUUAAUAAAAUGGCCCUUGUAAAAAUUACAGAUACGGAUGAAGUACUUAUAAGAGGGUCCAAACAUAUGAACAGAGCACUCCACAAUGAUGUGGUGGCGGUCCAGAUUUUGGAGGAUGACGAGGGAGAGUUCUCUGGGAAGGAGGAGGAAGACUACUUCGAGGAGGUGAUCAGUCCGGAGGAGGAGCAACAGGAAGAAGAGCAGCCACAAGAAUCAAACCACCAGGAGGAACAUUUUAAUGGGGAAACAAAAGGAAAAAACGAAACGGAAGUCCCUCAAAAAAACAACGCUAGAAAAGGCAAGGUGUACGGAAAGGUAGUCGGAAUCAUCAGCAGGGGAAGAAAAGAAUACGGAGGAGUGAUAAGGGCAUAUGAAAAGGAACAGAGUGCACAAAAAAAGAAAAUCCUAUUCUUUAAAGCUUUUAAUAACAAGGUACCAUAUAUUAUAAUAAAAAGCAGUAUGGGAGAAGAGCUAAAAAAUAAAAGAGUAAUUGUCGUUAUAGAUAGGUGGGAUUAUAAUUCCAAAUACCCAUUGGGGAGAUGCCUAUCUGUUUUAGGCAUAUGUGAUGACGUGGAGACGGAAACCAAAUUAAUUUAUAACGAGUAUAACAUUUCUACGAAGGAGUUUAGCGAAAGCGCCUACAAGUGUCUACCUCCAAGUGAUUGGGUAAUUCCAGAGGAUGAAUAUUAUAAAAGGAGAGAUUUUAGAGAUGUGCUAACUUUUAGUAUUGACCCACCAGGGUGUGAAGACAUUGACGAUGCGCUAUCUGUGCAAGUCCUAGAAGAACAACAAAUUAUAGAAGUAGGAGUACACAUAGCUGAUGUGUCUUACUUUGUAAAGCAAAAUAGUGCACUAGAUUUGGAAGCCUCCAAACGGUGCACAACAGUUUAUUUAAUAAACCAACGUGUCGAAAUGCUCCCAAAAUUGCUGACCACAGAUUUAUGUUCCUUAGUAGAAGGCCAAGACAGACUGACCUACAGCUGCAUCUUCACAUUUGACAUGAAUUACGAAAUUAGGGAUAUCAACAUUAACAAGUGUAUCAUCAGAAGUAACAAAUCCUUUUCCUAUGAAGAAGCACAAAACAUGAUUGACGACAGGAAGGAUUGUUCCAGAACGGCGGAGGCGCUACGGUUACUAAACAACAUUGCGAAAUAUUUGAAGAAGAAGUGGCUAAAUGAAGGUGCACUGGAGCUGAGAGGCAAUUCAGAAGUACUAUUCGAAUUUGAAUCGAACGAUUUUUCAAAGACGAAAAAUUUAAAGCCAUAUGUAUCAUACGACACGAACAAGCUAAUUGAAGCAUUUAUGCUUUUAGCUAACCGAUCCGUGGCAAGAAUAAUUUACCAAGGUUUUAAGGCAGCGUGCGUGUUGAGAAGGCAUCCUCCACCAAAAAAUGAAAAUCUCAAAGAAUUAAAUGAUUACCUAGAAUCGAUAAAUAUUCACGAUUUUAAAUAUGGUACAUCAAAGGAACUUUCCUACUCCAUUAAUAAUAUAAACUUGAAGGAUGACAAAGUGUUGUCUAAUAUUUUAAAAAUUCUCAUUACCAAGUGUAUGAAUGAAGCUGUGUUUAUCUCAGGGUAUAAUGUACACAAUAAUGAAAUGCUCAGGCACUACGGAUUGGCUGCAGACAUCUACACCUUUUUUACUUCACCCAUUCGGAGGUAUGCAGAUAUAAUGGUACAUCGAGUUCUUAAUCAUAUUUAUGGCAUUGAAGUAUUGGACAAAAAAUAUCUAGACGUUAUCUAUCUGAACAAACAGGUUUCCCUACUAAAUGAAAAGUAUAGAAAUGCCAGAUUUGCAGGAAGAGCUUCGGUGGAAUUUUUCUCUUAUCUUUAUAUUAAAAAAGUGGGGAAUCAAAUUACCAAUGCAGUAAUUACAAAUUUGAAGAAAAAUGGAGUACAGAUAUAUCUACCAUGCUAUUCCGUGGAAGGAAUUUGCUACUUGAAGAGGAAGGAUGGGUUCGUGUUCGAUGAGAAGCGCAAGCGCUUUGAAAAGCUUGACGAAAAUAAUGAGGUGCUUUUUUCCCUCAGCUUCUAUGACAAUAUCCAGGUCCACGUCCAGGUGGACAGCUGCGAUAUCAAGUGCCAGAAUAACUUUGUUUUUAUUAAAAAACUGUGA